GUUCUUGACCAAAAGAAUGAGGAGUUAGAAGAGAAAUAUAAAGCAGAGGAUUCAGUGAUACCCAAACCAGAUUAUUGGGGUGGCUUCUUGGUGAAACCAGACAAGUUUGAGUUUUGGCAGGGCCAGACCAACCGCGUCCAUGACAGACUGGUAUUCCGGAGACCCGAGGAGGGGGAACAUAUCGACCCCAAGAUGACACUGAAAGUGGAGAAUGGAUGGCUACUGGAAAGACUUGCACCAUAGCUCAUGGCUUGUCUUGGUAAUAGGGUCAUCUGGUGGAAUACAGCCAAACUACCUUAUAGCAGUCUUUGGUGUUAAAACAGGACACAUGUUCUGAGGAAUUUGAUUCUGUGAGUUUCAGAGUCAGCAGGACUGUCUCUAUGUUACAAUGUGACCUGUUGAGUGAUGCUGAGAAAACUGCUCUCAUUGUAAAAUGUAUUGUUACUGAUGAACUGUGGACAGAAAGGGAUUGAGAUUAUUUUCAAAGCAUGUUCACCUGUGUCUUGUACACAUUACAUAACUGAAGGUUCUCACAGAUAUAUUUAUAAAUCAUCUCUGGUUUGAUUAGAAAUGAUUUAUUUCCAUAGUUAAACAUUAACUGCACUGAUGACACAUUUUAUAAUCUUAACGAAUUGUAUACACAGAAUGUGACCUUUUAAUCCUGGCUGACAAGAAAACUUAGCAUUUCGUACUUUUUGAAAUGGGAAAUUCAUAAAACUUGUUGGAGGA